UCCAAGAACAUCACAAGCUGUAAAUGCCGACGUGCCCGUACGUGAUCGUGACGUUGCCCGCAGUUCCCGUCUUCUUCUGCUCCCAACUCCAGCAAAACUUUGCGUUACAGCCGCGGGACCAAGACAUCGAGCCAGGGGCGCCCUCCGCCAAGGGGCUGUGCAUCCCUUUCAAGCCACUGAAGGAGCUCCAGCCAGGGACAAAGUGCAUCUGGGAGGGCUGUGACAAGGAUGCCAAGUACUACACCCUGUUUGGCCGCAGCUAUUAGAAGUCAAAG